AUGCUGAUGGCGCAGCUUUCGAACGAGGCCAGCAGCAGCCUGCACCACCAGCAGCGGCUCGAGCACGAGCAGGGCGGCGGCGGCGACGCGGCGCCCGCGGCAUCCAGCGACACAGGGCGCGCCGCCGCGGCGGCGGCAGCCGCGACGGGCGGCGUGUUCCCCGCGCGGCUGCGGCGGGUGGAGCGCGCCGGCGGCGCGAUUCGGCAGGUGCAGCAGGCGGAUCCGUCGGUACUGCUGUUAGACAUCAACAUCAGCCUGCUGCUGCAAUCCAUCGCCGCCAUCACCGCCAUCACCGCCCCGCCGGCCCCGCCGCCGGCCCCGGCCGGCAGCAUUCGCCCCGGCGGCGACGCGCCGGCCGCGGCCACGGCCCCGGCCAUGUAUAUCAGCCGGCAGAGUAGCCUGGCGUCGGUGCUCACUGCGGCGGACGACGGCGGCGCGCCGUCCGAAGCGCCGCCCAGCCACGACGGCGGCGGCACGGGGCACCACCCAGCCGGCCACCCCAUGCAUACGCACGGCCACGGCGGUGGCGGGGGCGGGGGCGUGAAGGCGCAGGCGCGCGCUGAGCUGGCGCGCCUGAGGGAGGCGGCGCUGGCGCUGGCGCUGAUGCACCGGUGGGGCCUGGACUGCGCCGCGGACUGUUGGACUGCCGCCUUCCUGCGGGAGGUCGGCCUGCUGAGAGCCAGUCCGCCACACGGCAGCGGCAGCGGUGCUGGGGCGGCCUUGCAGCCUCCCGACGCGUCCCCCGCGGCGAGCAGCGCGCCGUCGCGGGCGGAGGCGGCGAGGGCGCGGCAGCAGGGGGAUGGGGCGUCGCGCGCCGACCGCCUGGCUUCCGUCGGCGACCUUGCGGCGAGACUGGAGGAAGCGGCCGCGCGGCGUGGACCACAGGGGUGGCGCUUUGGCGUCGCGCUGUGCCAGGAGGCGUGCGUUUCGGAGGAAGGGGCCCUCACGGCAAGCCUCCCGUACCGCGUGCGGCGGCAGGCGGGGCAGGAGACACGCACGGGCGGCGACGCGAACGGCGGCGGCGGCAGCGCCGAGCGGCUGGGGGCGCUGUUUCUGUCAAAUCCAAGCGUGCUGGCUGUCAGGCUCCUAUCCCUCGUGGCCGCAUCCAAGGCCAUCCUGUCCAACCCCGCCACCCACUCUGGCGUCGCCGCCGCCAACGCCGCGAGCGCGCUCGCGACGCUCUACGCGCUGCAGUGGCAGGAGCUGCGCCAGGCAGCUUCCGCGCAGCUGCCCGACGUCCUGCUCCUGGCCAGCUACUGGGGGGCGCCGACCCAGGGCCCGCCGCAACUCCACAACGCGGCGCAGGCGCUCCUGGCGUCGCUGCUGCAGCCGACGGCGCCGUGGCGCCUCAAAGGCGGCGGGCCUGCAGGGGGCGCCUGCCCGCUGCGCGCGUGGCCGCCGCCGGCCGCGACGGAGCUCGUUUCGCUCGUCCGGGCACACUAUGCGCAGCUCGGCGGCCCCGCCCCCCUGACGCCGCAGCAGCUGCGCCGCUGGCGCCCGUACGUCGUCGCCGCGGCGGGCGCGGCGGUCCCGCACGCGGCGGCCGCGCCUCCGGCGCUGCUGGCCGCGGUAGGGGUCUGCCUCGUCGGCUGCCUCGUGCGGCUGGCGCCGUCCGAGGAUAGCUGCAUGGCGGGAGAGCUGCUGGAACUGGCGCUGCUGAGCGGCCAGUGGGGCGCGUGGCGCCCGCACGUCGGCGGCGCCGCGCCGCUGCUGCAGAGCCUCUGCCGCAUCGCGGACGCCGUCAAUGGACGCCUGUCCCUACUGCAAGCAUCGCCGCAGCUGCUGGGCGCCCGCGGGCCCGCCGGCGGCGCGCCCGGCGCCCGGCAGAGCCUUGAUGGAGGGGACGACGGCGCCCCGCGCGUUCCGGGCAGCUGGGCCGCCGCCGACCCCGCGCCGCGCCUGGCCCUCGGGCCCCUGGCCGUCGCCGGUCGGCGCGCGCACGCCGUCGGGGGUCUGUACUUAGCGCCCGCCCUGAUGGGCGGCGCGCCGCCCCCUGAGGGCCCGCCGGCGCGCGCGCGGCCGCGCCCCCAGCCGGUCCCGCUGCCGCCGCCCGGGCCGCCCGCCCCGCCGCCGCAGCUGCAGGGGAGUGAAUCGGCGUCGUCGGCCGUGCCCACGACGCAGCACACGCCGGGCAGCACCGUCCGUCACACCAGCACCACCCACCUCCGGUACGACUACCCAGGGGCGUCACCCGCGUCACCCGCGUGGCAGCUUCAGCCCAGCUUCCUGGCAGGCGCCGCCCUGCACCACGCCGACGGGAGCCCGGCCGCUACCAUUCCCAGCCCGCCGCCCGGCGCCGCCCACGCCGCCGCCCCUGCAGUUUCGCCGCAGCAGCCGGCGGGGCCGCCGGCGGCGCUGCUGCUGGGGGCGGGGCCCGCGCAGCUGGGCGCGUGGCUGAGGUGCUGCGCGGAGCUGCUGGCCGGCCUGGCGCUGGCGGAGCCCGAGGCCUUCCUCAACGAACUCAGCCAAGGCAUGGCCGGCGGCGCCCUGGACGCGUCCUGCACGCAUGCGCUGCUGCUGUCCUCCCUUUCGCGUGCCCUCCGCUGGCCCCAGGCCUGCGCCGCGCUGCUGCCACACCUCGGCUUCGCGGCCGCCCUGGCCGUCCAGUCGCUCGACCCGGCGCGGCCCGCGCUGCGGCAGGGGUGCCUGGCCGUGGCGGGCGGGCUGAUUCGGGAGAUGACCGCUCGGUUCCCGCAGGCCGCCUUCCACGCGCCCUCCAUGCAGCUGGCUGUCGGCAGCGCGCGGGCGCUCGGGCCGCUUGGCGCGCGGGCGCUGCCCCCGGGCAGCGGCGGCGGGGGCGCUGGCGGCGGCGACGGGCGGGGGCACACCGCGGUGCGGCAGCAGCCGCAGGCCGCGCCGGAGCACGCGCGGGCGGUGGCAGUGUUUGACGUCAACGGCGGCGCGAAGCGGGUCGUGCUGCUACUGCCCGCGUCGUCCGCACCGCCGCCGGCCGCCGGCCCCGCGCCGGCGCUCCCCACGCGCGACGGCGAGGCGGGCGGCGGCGGCGCAGCCGAGGCCGGCCCGGAGCGGAGCCUCCAUUCGUCAAGCACGGUCAAGCGCGCACACGCGGCGAUGCUGCAGAACUGGUUCGGCGUCGAGCCGGGGCAGGAUGGCGCCGACGGCGCCGAAGGCGGCGCCUGCGCCAACCAAGGGGCCCUUCCCGGCGGCGCCGAGGCUCCAGCUCCGCAGCGGCCACCCCAGCCGCAGCCACAGCAGCAGCAGCAGCAGCAGCAGCAGCAGCAACAGCAGCAGCAGGCCGGGCUGGCGAAACCCUACUAUCCGUCCCAGGCGGCGGCGGAGGCGCCCGUCCUGUCGGCCGCAGACCUCCGCGGCGGCGUCGCGGCGCUCGCCUUCAGCCCCAGCGGCGAGUCCCUCGCGGCGCUGCUGGCGACGGCCGCGUGCGUGGUGGUGUGGCGGAUUCAGUCGACCUGGACGCAGCGCCUGGCGCACAUCGGGAGCCGCGCGCCGUACUGCCACCUGCCGUACUGCUAUUUGCCCGUACCGCAGCUGCGGGGCGGCGCGGGCGCGGGCGGGGGGCCGUGGGAGCUGCGGUGGUUUGGGGAGGGGCGCGUGGAGGUUUGGUCGGGCGGGCAGCGGCUGGCCGAGGCGAGCCUGUCGGUCCUGGCGUGA